AAAACAAAAGAAUUAGCCAGGCGUGCUGGUGCGCACCUGUAGUCCCAGCUACUCAGGAGGCUGAGGCAGGAGAAUCACUUGAACCUGGGAGGCGGAGGAGGUUGCAGUGAGCCGAGCCUUUUUUUUUUUUUUUUGAGAUAGAGUCAGACCCUGUCACAAAACAAAACAAAACAAAACAAAACAAAAACAAAACAGAAAAAAUAGCAUUACAGCUAUUAACAACCUGGUCCCUACGCACCUCUUCAGCAUCAUGUCUCUUUAGUCUCCCCUCAAACUUUCCAUUCUAGCAAUGCAAAUAUCUUUACUUUGGCUUUGCAUAUGUGGUCAGCAUUGCUUGAAAUGCUCCUUCCUAACUUUUUUGCUUGGGAACUCAUAUUAAUCUUUAAAUAUACAGCCCAGUGAUACUGAACACGAACUCCUCGACACUCCAAUGACCAUUCCUUCCAUGAUGUCUCUAAGUCUCUGUAGGUGUUUCUAUAACUGUUACAAUGCAUUGGAACAAUCAGUUAUUAUCAGAAAUACUGGAAUUAUUGAAUCCACACCACAGCUUGCGGUUUUGGCACUGACUUUCAGUUGAAAAUUUGCUUUAAAACCAUCUCUUACAAAGAAAUUUAGAGUAAAAUAGUACAUUAAUAUCUACUCUUAGUUCCACUUUCUUGGGAAUCUAGAGGUCUCUUUUCUAGUGGUAGCAUAUGGCCAUAUGCUAUUGGGGUGAACUGAAUAACAUGUUGAAAAUGGUAAUGAAAGCCUAGGACUCAACGUUGACCACACUCCGAGGCUAGGAGUAAUGGUAUGCUAACACUUUUCCUCUCACUACCAUCCCUCCCCAUUUUUCUUCUCAGGCUCUCACACUGUUCCCAAGCUGUGUGGUGCCUAAGAGGUUGGAGAGGCUGGAAUAGAUGUAGCCUGAGAAUUGGCUCCCACGGUUUAACAGCCCCUGGGCUCAGCAGGAGAACGAGUUUUCCAAAUCCCAUGCCAAGGUGCUGGGGAACCCAGAGCGGCGGGCAGCUAUGCAGCCUCCGGGACAGUAGGGGGAGCUGUCUGCCGCGCGGCCGCCUGCAGUGGGGGCCGGACCGCACCCGGCGGGUGGCGAAGGGCGGGCGGAGGGCUCGGCCUGAGAGGCGGAGCAACGGCCCGGAGUCUGUCACAUAGUUCCGGCGCCGAGCGGUCGUUGCUACCUGUUAGGUCCGCGACGAUCCUCUCUUGAGCACUGUGCGUGUCCCCGGUCGCGAGCCCGCUCUCCUGAAAUCUGCAAAAUGGCUGAUAAUUUGGAUGAAUUUAUUGAAGAGCGAAAAGCUAAAUUGGCCAAAGACAAAGCAGAGUUGGAAAGUGAUCCACCUUACAUGGAAAUGAAGGGAAAGUUGUCAGAGAAGCUUUCUGAAAACAGUAAGAUACUGAUCUCUAUGGCUAAGGAAAACAUACCACCAAAUAGUCAACAGACCAGGGGUUCCUUAGGGAUUGAUUAUGGAUUAAGUUUACCACUUGGGGAAGACUAUGAGCGGAAGAAAAAUAAAUUGAAAGAAGAAUUGCGGCAAGAUUACAGACAUUAUCUUACUCAGGGCAUUACACAAGGGAAAAGAAAGAAAAAUUUUCUAUCUACGAGUGAAACAGAUCCAUCUACUCUGGGAGUCUCUCUUCCUAUUGGUGAGAGGUUAUCUGCUAAGGAAAGGUUGAAACUUGAACGUAACAAAGAAUAUAAUCAGUUUCUCAGGGGCAAGGAACAGUCCAGUGAAAAGUUCAGACAGGUGGAAAAGAGUACUGAGGCCAAGAGUCAAAGAAAUAAAAAACCUAUUGGUCAAGUUAAGCCUGAUCUAACUUCACAAAUACAGACAUCUUGUGAAAAUUCAGAGGGUCCUAGAAAAGAUGUCUUAACUCCUUCAGAGGCAUAUGAAGAACUUCUGAACCCAAGUCGACUAGAGGAGGACAGAUACCGACAACUAGAUGAUGAAACUGAAUUAAGGAAUAGAAUUAAUAAAGCAAAUGAAGAAGUGGGCAUUUCCAGCCUAAAACAUCAAAGGUUUGCAAGCAAGGCUGGCAUUCCAGAUAGAAGAUUUCACAGAUUUAAUGAGAAUUGUGUUUUUGAUAGACAUUAUCAUAGACCAGACCAAUAUCCUGAAGUAAGUGAAGAAAUGGAUGAGAGGUUUAGAUAUGAAAGUGAUUUUGAUAGAAGACUUUUGAGAGUGUAUACAAAGGACAGGAUGUACAGGAACAGACGAGGGAAUGUGCCUCCUAUGGAACAUGAUGGGGAUGUUAUAGAACAGUCAAACAUAAGAAUUUCAUCUGCUGAAAAUAAAAGUGCUCCAGACAAUGGAACAUCCAAAUCUGCUAAUCGAGAGAUCUGUAGUCCUUUUGCAGGGAUGCUCUUUGGUGGUGAAGAUCGAGAACUUAUUCAGAGAAGGAAAGAGAAAUACAGACUGGAAUUAUUGGAACAAAUGGCUGAGCAACAGAGGAACAAGAGACGAGAAAAAGAUUUAGAACUCAGGGUUGCAGCGUCGGGAGCACAAGACCCUGAGAAAUCGCCUGAUAGACUAAAGCAGUUUAGUGUGGCACCAAGACACUUUGAAGAGAUGAUACCACCUGAAAGACCCAGAGUAGCUUUCCAGACACCUCUCCCUCCUUUAUCUGUCCCAUCUGUCCCACCCAUCCCAUCAGUUCAUUCUGUUCCUUCUCAAAAUGAAGAUUUGCAAAAUGGACUCAGCAGCGCCCUUGGUGAAGUGGUGCCUCCCAGGAUUGCACCUCUGCCUCCACCUCCCCUACCACCACCUUUGGCUACUAAUUAUCGAACUCCUUAUGAUGAUGCAUACUAUUUUUAUGGGGCCAGGAAUACUUUGGAUCCCAGUCUGGCUUAUUAUGGUUCAGGAAUGGUGGGAGUACAGCCUGCAGCUUAUGUUAGUGCUCCUGUCACCCAUCAGCUAAUACAACCUAUUGUGAAUACGGUUGGACAGAAUGAACUGAAAAUUGCAAGUGAUCAAGUGAUAAAUUCAGGACUGAUUUUUGAAGAUAAACUGAAACCUUCCAAACAGUCACUUCAGUCUUACCAGGAGGCUUUGCAGCAGCAGAUUCGGGAAAGAGAAGAAAGAAGGAAGAAAGAACGUGAAGAAAAAGAAGAAUAUGAAGCUAAAUUAGAAGCUGAAAUGAGAACAUAUAAUCCUUGGGGAAAAGGCGGAGGUGGUGCCCCUCUCAGGGAUGCAAAAGGAAAUCUGAUAACUGAUUUGAAUAGGAUGCACAGACAAAAUAUAGAUGCCUACCAUAACCCAGAUGCAAGGACACCUGAAGAUAAAAGGGCUGUUGUAUCUCUAGACCAAAAUUUAGCCGCUUCAAAUGCUGAGAACCUAGAAGAUGCUGCAAAUAAAAGCUCAGGUCAGAUGCAAACACAGAGCUCUCCUUUUGCUCGGGGAAAUGUAUUUGGUGAGCCUCCAACUGAACUUCAGAUUAAACAGCAGGAAUUAUACAAGAAUUUUCUUCGUUUUCAGAUUGAGGAAAAGAAACAAAGAGAGGAAGCAGAGCGAGAGAGACUGAGAAUUGCAGAAGAAAAAGAAGAAAGACGACUUGCAGAACAGAGGGCACGGAUUCAGCAGGAGUAUGAAGAGGAACAGGAAAAGAAAAGGGAGAAAGAGGAGGAGCAAAGGCUAAAAAAUGAAGAACAUAUUCGGUUAGCUGAAGAAAGACGAAAAGAAGCAGAAAGAAAGAAGAAAGAAGAAGAAGAAAAAUAUAAUCUGCAGCUUCAGCACUACUGUGAAAGAGAAAAUUUGAUUGGGGAAGAAACAAAGCGCUUGAGACAGCCUUCUCCUGUAGUUCCUGCUCUUCAGAACAAAAUUACAAGCAGACUCCAAAGACCUCCUUCAAUUGACAGCAUCAUAAGUUCCUUUAUUCAUGAAAGUUCCAUGUCCAGGGCACAGUCACCCCCAGUACCUGCCAGGAAAAAUCAGCUUCGUGCAGAAGAGGAGAAAAAUAACGUAAUUAUGGAAUUGUCAGAAAUGAGAAAACAACUUCGUAGUGAAGAGAGGCGUCUACAAGAGCGAUUGCUACACAUGGACAGUGAUGAUGAAAUCCCUAUCAGGAAAAGAGAAAGGAAUCCCAUGGGUGUAUUUGAUAUGGCUAGACAUCGGUUGCAAGCUCCUGUCAGAAGACAGUCACCUAAGGGCUUAGAUGCUGCCACUUUUCAGAAUAUUCAUGAUUUUAAUGAGCUGAAAGAUAGAGAUUCAGAAACACGAGUUGAUCUGAAAUUUAUGUAUCCAGAUCCCCCAAGCGAUUAUCACACCUUAGAGAUUCAGCAGCAAGCCCUGCUAAGAGAGCAGCAGAAGAAGCUGAACAGAAUAAAAAUGCAGGAAGGUGCCAAAGUUGACUUAGAUGCCAUCCCAAGUGCUAAAGUACGAAAGCAAAGAAUGCCCAGAGAUGACACUAGUGAUUUCUUGAAAAACUCAUUAUUGGAAUCUGAUAGUGCUUUUAUUGGUGCUUAUGGUGAGACAUAUCCUGCCAUUGAAGAUGACGACCUCCCUCCACCAUCACAGUUGCCCUCUGCACGGGAGCGUAGGAGGAACAAAUGGAAAGGACUAGAUAUUGAUAGCAGUCGUCCUAAUGUAGCACCAGAUGGCCUCUCUCUAAAAUCUAUAUCCAGUGUAAAUGUUGAUCACCUUAGAAUGAGAAAUGAGGAACGAAUGCGAAGACUGAAUGAACUCCAGAAUAAACCUAUUAAUACAGAUGAUGAGAGUUCACUGGUUGACCCUGAUGACAUUGUGAAAUACAUGGGGGAUGAUGGAUCAAACUCUAUAGCCACUGAGCCCUGGCUCCGCCCUGGCACCUCAGAAACGCUGAAACGCUUCAUGGCAGAGCAGCUGAACCAGGAGCAGCAGCAGCAGCAGGUUCCUAGAAAACCAGGCACUUUGACUUGGCAGGGCCUGUCAACUGCACAUGGUUAAAAUAAACCUGUACUGGACCCAACAGUGCCUUUUAAGGUGAAGGGAAUGGUAAAUCUGUACACAUAUAUCCUACUUUUAGCCCCACCUGAAAAUUACUUUUUUUUUCCCAUCUGUACUUAAAAUUAUUUUUACCAUGAUGUAUAUUGUGUACACAAUUAUUGAAUUAUAUAAUAGAACUGUACAGAAUUAUUUUUGUACAAUUUGUCAUAAAUGGGAGUGGUAAUGAAUUUACUAUAUAUAUGCAUUAUAAUAGAUUCUGCUUGUUGUCCUGUAAAACCAGAUUCCCUUUUGUUACAUGCACAUUUGCCACUGUUACCUUCAUGCAAAAGAAUUCAUUCAGUAGGUGCAUCUAUGGUAGCUGUGAUUAUUCCAGUUUCUGUGUAAUGAGGCAAUCAAAUGUGCUAUUUUCAUGUCAUUUGUAACUACUAAUACAGAAGAAAUGAGAACCGUAAUUGUUUGUAUUCUUGUGAGCCAUACAUUAAAUGUAACAUCUUUCUGCUUCUAUUUUUGUGCCAAUGGAGGCAUUUGUCUUGUUACUAAUUUAUAUGAUGUAAAUACCUCUUGAUAAAUAAAUUUUUAUUUUAAUUACUAA